AUGAAGUUUUCAAGCUUGUAUUGCUUUCUUCUGCUUCUCAUUUUUCAAACUGACUUUGGACAAAAUGAAGAAACUUCUAGGAGGCAAAGAAGGAAGAUGUAUUAUAGAAGACUGAGAAAAAGUUCCUUGCCCACCCACAGAUCUGUUAGACAGCUUGGAAUUCAUCAGAUGAAGACAGUUACACCUGCAGCAAAACUUCCCAUAAUUAACUUGGAUUACAGUAUGGAGGAAAAAUUUGAAUCUUUUUUAAGUGUUCCUGGAGUAGAAUCAAGCUAUAAUGUGUUACCAGGAAAGAAAGGACACUGUUUGGCAAAUGGGAUGAUCAUGUAUAACAAAGCUGUGUGGUCUCCGGAGCCCUGUACUACCUGCCUCUGCUUGAAUGGAAAAGUCCUUUGUGAUGAGACCAAGUGCCACCCUCAGAUGUGCCCCCAAACACUUAUACCUGAAGGAGAAUGCUGCCCUGUCUGCUCUGAUACUGCCUCCUAUUUGCUACUCAGUGGUACAGCAUUAAAUGAUAGAACUGAAUUUUCUGGUGAUUCUUCAGAACAAAGAGAACCUACCGAUUUACCUCAUAAGCAAGAGUCACCUCCUUGGGUGGAAAUGAAUCGAGCACUGGGAAAAGAGGAACUUCAAUUUGAGGAGGAUGAAGAAGCCAAACAAGAUGAAAAUAGGGAGCAAAAGAAAAAGACUUCUAGACGUGGAGACUGGGGGAGCCCUCCCAAUGAGGGACAGAACAGGGAAGGGAGAGAGCAGAGGCCUGGAGAGGAGCCGAGGCAGGCCCGUCAACACAGAAACCCAGCAAGGGAGAAUGAGGAGGACAGUGAAGAUGAGGAGGAAGAUGAUGAAGAUGAGGAGGAAGAUGAGGAUGAGACCGUCAGAGGAGACACGUUCAGGAUGCCCCCUCGACUCCCAAUCCCGGCGACCCCCAGAGGCACACUGUCUCUGCCAAGCAGGUGCUCUUUGUCCUACAAAACCAUCUCCUGUAUCAGCGCUGACCUCACACAAAUACCACCGCUAACAGCACCAGAGAUAACAAGUCUGGAGCUCAUAGGCAAUUCCAUCACCUCCAUUCCGGAUGAAGCAUUUAACGGAUUACCGAAUUUGGAAAGGCUUGAUCUGAGCAAAAAUAAUAUCACCUCUUCAGGCAUAGGUCCGAAAGCAUUCAAGUUUCUAAAGAAUUUAAUACGCUUAAAUAUGGAUGGAAACAAUUUGGUAACGAUUCCUUCAGAACUACCAUCUACAUUAGAAGAACUCAAAGUCAAUGAGAACAAGCUGCAGGUUAUUGAUGAAGAAAGUUUAUCAGACUUAAAUCAAUUGGUCACCUUAGAAUUGGAAGGAAACAAUCUCAGUGAAACCAAUGUCAAUUCCUUAGCUUUCAAACCUUUGAAGAGCCUAUCCUACCUGCGUCUGGGAAGAAAUAAAUUUAGAAUUAUACCACAGGGUCUUCCUGCUUCUAUUGAGGAAUUAUACCUAGAAAAUAACCAAAUUGAAGAAAUAACUGAAAUUUCUUUUAAUCAUACCAGAAAGAUCAAUGUCAUUGGAUUACGUUAUAAUAAAAUUGAAGAAAACAGAAUUGCUCCUUUAGCCUGGAUAAAUCAAGAAAAUCUAGAAUCAAUAGACCUCUCCUACAACAAGCUCUACCAUGUCCCCUCCUAUCUACCCAAGUCGCUGCUGCACCUCGUACUCAUUGGGAACCAGAUCGAACGCAUCCCUGGCUAUGUGUUUGGUCACAUGGAACCAGGCCUGGAAUACCUGUACCUGUCAUUUAAUAAGCUUGUGGAUGAUGGCAUAGACCGAGUCUCCUUCUAUGGCGCUUAUCAUUCUCUGCGAGAGCUGUUUCUGGAUCAUAAUGAAUUAAAAUCUAUACCACCUGGGGUACAAGAAAUGAAAGCACUACAUUUCCUGAGACUAAACAACAACAAGAUAAGGAAUAUUCUUCCAGAACAAAUUUGCAAUGCUGAAGAAGAUGAUGAUUCGACCCUGGAACAUCUUCAUCUUGAAAACAACUACAUUAAAACAAGAGAAAUAUCAUCCUAUGCAUUUUCAUGCAUAAGAUCAUAUUCAAGUAUUGUUCUUAAACCACAAAAUAUCAAGUAA